AUGACAGAAACUGAUGGAGGCGAAUCAGAAGGGAAAAAUGAAACAAAAUUUGCCAAUGACGUCACGAACGUCACCUCACUUGGACAAAACUUGAACACCAUGGCUGUGGCGGUGAGAACAUUUAUUCGGUAUAAAAAGAUUUUUCGAAGUUCUAAAUUAUUUAUUUCCGAGUUUUUAUUUUAUUUCAGGGAGCGGAGCAACCAAAAGUCCAUCCACAGCCAUGGUGCGGAAACCAUUUAGCCAGUCAAGACGAAAGAACAAACGUCUACAACUACAGCGACCAAGACGCAAAAGGAAAGUCAGCAAUGUAUCGGGUAGCUGAAAUCGCGAGGUUCAAUAAAGUUGGUUUCUUCGAAACUGAAAAAAAAUGAAAAACUUUCUUUUUAGCUGAGACACGUUUAUUCUCUUCUGGAUGAGAGCGGACCAGCUCACAAAAAACUUUUCACGGUUCGGUUAAAUCUGAACGCUGAUCAGGUAUAUCAAAAUCGCACUGAAGUUUCUUAAUUUUUGAUGUCAGAAUUUCAUCGGAAGCGGUUGUUCCAUAAAAAAAGCCCAACAAGCAGCGGCAAUGCAGGCUCUUGAAAAAACGACUCUUAGCAUCCCCCCUGAAAGAGUAUCCAGAAAGAAAAAAGGUGAAUGCGAAAGAAAAACAAAAGUUCGAAUUGCCUUUUUAAAAAAUUACUGAACACAGAAUCUCUUGGAAGUUUGAGAACUCAGUAUAGCUUUUUUUCAAAAGAUUCUAUUUAUUUAUGGACUUUUUUCUGUUGAAGAAAACGAGAACAAAUCGCCGAUUCAACUGCUGCACCACGUGUGCAGGACGCUGGGGAUGCGAGAGCCGGUCAUCACGACAACUCUCCUUCCAAAUGCUUCUUACAUGUUCGAGAAUGGAGCGCAGGACCCGAAAACCUUGUUUCCGGCUCUUCCUCCAAGCUCCUCAUGUGAUUGCUUUGCGAGACCGUUCAACGAACAGCCCAGCCCAUUUCUCUACGGCGUAUCCAUGUUUGAUAGACCGAUCGGUUAGUUUCGAUUCAGGUUUUCAAUGAACUUUUUGUGAAACUUUGUCAAUUGUACAAGCAUUUUAGGAUUGAACUUCAAUAACCUUCAAAGUCCACUCGCGACGCCUUGCACAAACGGAAACUUACCGCCGACUUUCAACACUCCUCUUCAUAUGGUAUUCCGUGGAACUAGUAAAGGAAAAUGGAAGAAAUUCUCAGGCUGCCGUUACAAUUGGUCCUGACACGAUUGAAACGGCUCUGGGAAUCACAGGAGCACAAGCCAAAACAAACGCAGCAAUAAAGGUCAAUCCAAUUCAAAGUUUUCGUGAACUUUCUUAUUCUUUCCGUUAUUUUUUUUCAAAAUUACUGGAAAAUUUUCUAUUUCCGCCCAGUUUAGGCUUUGGCUGUUCUGGAACCUUCUAUUCGGGAUUGCGAGAACCGGACUAAAAACAUGCUGAGAAACGCUAAAAAUGAGGAACAUGUGAAUUGGAUAUUCCACUGAAUCAACUUAUCUCCCAGUUUUUCAGCCGAUUCCCAAGCACAAAGAAAAAUCUGUGAUUAGCGAUGUCCACGAAAAAGCUGCUCAAUUGAAAACGGAUGUCGUUUUCGAGGUGAAACGGAAACAUACCAACUGUUUUUCACACUAUUACUAUUUAAGGUACUUGUUGAAGAAGGACCGCCCCACGACAGAAAAUUUGUGAUUCGCUGUAGUUUGCGUUCCGGCCCGAAUGAGGUCAGUUCAAUUUCUAAGUAGAUUCCUUUCAUUUAUGAAUAUUUCGACCUCUCAAUUUUUUCAGAUCUACGCAGAAGCGACGGGAACAGGUAGCCAGAAGAAAGAAGCAAAACAAGAUGCUUGUAGCAGACUUCUGAAAGAGCUCCAACUUGUUGGUUCGUUCGAUGCCCGCCUUCCUGAUAACGUUAAUUUUUAAAGAAAACACACCGAUCCACCUUGCAUCUUCGCUUUUCAAGUCUCAGAAGAAACUCCAAUCCAUGCCCAAAGAAAAAAGAAAAACACUCGACAAGGUAAUUUUUAUCGUAUCGUAUCUUUAAUGCCUUUUUUUUAGGACAAGAAAAUGGAUCCAGAUUACGGCCACCAGAUCAAUCCUGUCUCACGGUUGAUUCAGGUACAUUUUUACAGCUUUUUGCAAAAAAAAAAAAGAAAAAUAUGAAAAUUCUCAAAAUCAGUCAAAUUCAUCGCUUUUUACAUGGAUUCCGAACAGUGAUUGAUAGUUGAUGGUGUUUUUAUGGUCAAGAUCUUGCAAACGAAAGGAGGAAACUACGCUAAUUUCGAAUUCAUUGGAGAGCAGGGACAAAGUCGUUACAAGGAGUUUAUCAUGAGGGUAAGAAUUUUUCAAAGUUUGUGUGCAUAUUGUCUAAGUAGGUGACCUGUGGCGAUUUGGUUCACGAAGGCCGCGGUCCAAACAAGAGAUUGGCAAAAAGAGCCGCCGCAGAGGCAAUGCUUGCUUCCAUUGGCUACGAAAAACCUCUGCCAGCACCUGGAAAAAGUCUUUUGAAAAGGAAAACUAACGAAUAUGAACGUGAGUUAAAAGUUUAGACUUUUUUUUUCGCUAUUUAGAGGCUAAAAAUUAUUUCUAUUCUCUCAUUAAACCCUCAAUCUUUGUUCCAUUUUAGAAUUGGAAAACAGUGGAAAAACUUCGGAAAACGUCGUCCCUCUCCAUCCGUCUCCAGUAGAAGGAAAUCCACCACCAAUCAAUGAAAAUGUUAAAAAGUGUUCGAGUAUUCCUAUACCGAAUCGUAAUGGAUUCAUUUAGGAAUGAGGCCGAGGAGAAUGAAGGAACGGACGAUUCCAGCCGUCCAAUUUCACCUUUCGAAGAAAUUUCAAUUGAAGAAGCAACGUCGGGGUCUCCAGAAGCCUCGCGACGUCGCGUCACUUUUAGCAAUCAGGUCGAAGCGUGUCCUCCACCAGGUAUUUUCACAAUUUCGAUGAACUUUCACGUAGUUCGGCCGACAGGAGAUGUGAAUUAUCCCAACUCGGAGAUCACUACCCUCAACCUUGAAGUAGUAGUAGAAGGGAAAGUCCGCAAAAUCCGUCGCAUCAAAGAAGGAAGAAGGUCUUCGGCUCAGAGAUACAGUGGUUGUAAUUCAUUUUGCAGAGCGCUCACUGCCGUUCAGCGUGGAGAAGUUUCUCUCAUUGCUAAAAAUCUCAUCAAAACUUUCAACCUCGAGAAAAAUUCGCCUAACCCGAGUAAGAUUUGUUUUUCGAGAAAUUAAGAUUUUUGUUAUAUUUUAUACAAUUAGCCCAAAAAUUUAUUCAGAAACUCCUACUGCAAGUGCAAGAGAACAGCUGGAUACUAUCGGUCAACUUUACAAAUUCACUGUACAGUACACCAUCUUACCUGAGGUACCUUCUCUUCAGAAGGUGUAAAAUAGAAAAGAAGGGAAAAACUUUCAGCACAGCGAACACUUCACUCUUGUGACUCUCGGCUUGGAAGAACCCGUGGUGAGUUCAGAUUUGAGAUUCGAUUAUUGAAAAGCAAAGUUUGAGGUCUGCCAUGGAAAAGGCGAAACGACGGAACUGGCCACUGAAUACGCGGCUCUCACGGCUCUCUGUCGUUUGUCUGAGCUCGCUACAGCACAAAGCUCUUCUCAAAGUUCGUCUACUUCUCGGGAUCCAAGUGCCUGA